GGGUGAUUUGCCAUCCUAAAUAACGAUGUGCUCCUUGACUAAUAUCUAAACCCUAUAAGAGGCAAUUAGUCGCUCAUUUGCUUAUGAUAAGUUGGCCUGGGUGCGGUUUGUGCAGUGCUCCAGCCGCGCCUUUUCCUGUCACGGCUCAACGGCCGUGCGUAAAGACGGCGGGUCAGCUGACAGCUAGCAGGACAGCAGGGAAAAGAAGAGAAGCUUUGCGGGUGAAUGAGGUGGGAAUACGCUGGACACUCGAGGCGGACUCGGGCACAAAGCAGUGGCGGCUUUCGUGAGAUAAUUGGGGAGGAGUUUGGUUUCAUCAUGGCACGCUGGGAGUGAGAAGCAGCCACAAUGAUCGGAGGACUGUUCAUCUACAACCACAAGGGGGAGGUCCUCAUCUCCCGUGUCUACCGAGAUGACAUAGGAAAUAGGCGUAAUGCUGUGGAUGCGUUCCGUGUGAACGUGAUCCACGCCCGGCAGCAGGUUCGGUCCCCGGUGACCAACAUUGCCCGAACCAGCUUCUUCCAUGUCAAGCGCUCCAACAUCUGGUUGGCAGCCGUCACCAAGCAGAAUGUCAACGCCGCCAUGGUGUUUGAGUUCCUUUACAAAAUGUGUGAUGUGAUGACGGCAUACUUUGGCAAAAUCAGUGAGGAGAACAUCAAGAACAACUUCGUGCUCAUCUAUGAGCUGCUGGAUGAGAUCCUGGACUUUGGCUACCCCCAGAAUUCAGAGACAGGUGCCCUGAAGACCUUCAUCACCCAACAGGGCAUCAAGGGACAGCAUCAGACAAAAGAAGAGCAGUCUCAGAUCACCAGCCAGGUGACGGGGCAGAUCGGCUGGCGGCGUGAGGGCAUCAAGUAUCGCCGCAACGAGCUCUUCCUGGAUGUACUGGAAAGCGUUAAUCUACUCAUGUCGCCUCAAGGUCAAGUCCUAAGUGCACACGUGUCAGGCCGAGUUGUGAUGAAGAGCUACCUGAGUGGAAUGCCUGAGUGCAAGUUUGGCAUGAACGAUAAGAUCGUUAUCGACAAACAAGGGAAGGGUGGAGCGUCCGAUGAUGCAGGAAAGAGUGAUUUAGGGGGAGGAAGUGGGAAGCAGUCCAUAGCAAUUGAUGACUGUACCUUCCACCAGUGUGUUCGUCUCAGUAAGUUUGACUCUGAGCGCAGCAUCAGCUUCAUCCCCCCUGAUGGAGAGUAUGAGCUCAUGAGAUAUCGCACCACUAAAGACAUCAUUCUUCCAUUCCGAGUUAUUCCUCUGGUCAGAGAGGUGGGUCGCACUAAACUGGAAGUUAAAGUGGUCAUCAAGUCUAACUUCAAACCCUCCCUGCUGGCUCAGAAGAUUGAGGUGCGAAUCCCAACACCCCUCAACACCAGCGGUGUGCAGGUGAUUUGCAUGAAGGGAAAAGCCAAAUAUAAGGCCAGUGAGAACGCCAUUGUUUGGAAGAUUAAACGUAUGGCUGGAAUGAAGGAAUCUCAGAUCAGUGCUGAGAUUGAGCUGCUGCCCACCAACGAUAAGAAGAAAUGGGCCAGGCCUCCCAUCUCUAUGAACUUUGAGGUUCCUUUUGCUCCAUCUGGCCUGAAGGUGCGCUACUUGAAGGUGUUUGAGUCGAAGCUCAACUACAGUGACCAUGACGUUAUUAAAUGGGUGCGGUACAUCGGCCGCUCUGGCAUCUAUGAAACCCGCUGCUGAAUUUUUACCCGACCAGGCAGCAAUCUGACCACUUUCCCUCCCAUCUAUCCUGUUAAGAAUGUUUUGUUUUUUUCUUUCCACCUCCCCCUACUUUGUCUUUGUUCUUCCCUCAACCCGUAUCACUUCUACCCCUCUCCCCGAUUAUCCCUUCUUAACUAGGUGUUGGAGAUGAAUUGACAUUGUUUAAAUAAAAAAAAGUAAAUAUGGUGUAAUGCACAGAUAUAUGCAAAAUGUGAACCAUUGUACCGUAUAUAUCUAGUAGUGAUGAAUACAGUUGUAAACCAUCUGGUGUCUGUAAGGAAAAGACAGGUGAAGCUGGGAACUCAGGGGGAGAGACGGAAAGGUUUGAGUGAGUGCUCGGUGUUACUGUUCUAUCUACGCCACUGUUAAGCUCCUUAAUGUCAGACCUCCCUGAUAUGGUUCUUUAUUGCUGUCUUGAAGAUGAGUCCAGAUAGUUUCUAUUCACACCCUGUAUCUAGUACAGUUUACCCGCUGAAUAAAUUGACUGAUUUUUGUUCCUGGAUGUUAGCCAUGUGAACCCUGUGUAUUUCUCACCUAAAAGGGGGGGAGGGGAUUCAUUCCCACCUUGUUUUUUGAUAUUAGAUAAAGAAAUUACAUUGUUCAAGUUGGUUUUUAUAUUGUUGCAUGUGUUAUUUUCAUGGAUCCCCCUUUCCCGCUUUCAGUUUGGUCAGGUCAUUUGAGGUUAGACCAUCAUCCUCUCUGGCUUUUGUGACUUGUUUUCCCCCCCCAAAUACUUUAUAAGCACUAAGAUGAUCAUUGUCACACUAUGUUCCAGUCAAAAGAUCGGUCUGCAGUGAGGUGAGGUCUCCCCCUGGUGUUUGCUUCGACCAUCUGCUUCUUCUUGUUUGUAGCCCUGGUGACCAUUCUGUCCAAUAAAAUCUAUGUAACCAAA